AUGUGGCGUAUCCUGGCGACCAGGGAGCAACCACCCACAGUGCUGAUCAACAUUGCCUUUGAAAAAGAUACGGAUGAAACGGUGAAAAUCCUGGCCACUGUGAUGGGUGAAGCAGAAAGACAGUUGGACCCUUUCACAGUGGUCCUCAGGGAUCCAAAUGCCAUUGAGAACAUGUGUCGAAUUAUGUAUUUCCAAUGCGGUGUUGGGGCACAUCAGCAGCGUCUAAAACUUUCCGAUGGUCGAAUUCUUCAGCUGGAGGGUUCUGACGCGGAGUCAUUGGCGGACUUAGCAGGUGAUUUGAUCGCAGCUUUGUGA